AUGAAGCUUUUGCUGCCUUUUUUGACUUUGUCGCAUGCUGCGUCAAACUACUUGGAAAAAAGCCUCGGCUACGUCAAAAUAACUCCUCCGUCAAAUUUCACUGGCCUCCAAGCCCGUCGACCAAGCAGUCAAUAUCAAGGAGGACGAGACACUUUUGGCGCUGAAACUGUCGAUCGAAACUUUGCCGAGCCUGGCCUCAGUGUUGAUGACUUGGACCUGGGAAAUCGAAUGCCACAGCCACUAAGGUGCAACAAUCCGUUGGUGAGAGGAGUCGUCGACUCGAGAAUCGUUGGAGGAUACGAUGCUCAGCGAGAAGCAUGGCCGUUUAUCGUGAAAAUUAGAAUUGGUUGCGGAGGAUCAAUCGUUAGUCCGAGCUGGAUUAUGACUGCCGCCCACUGCUGCCGAGUGUCCAACUUGAGAUUUCUGGACGUCACCGUUUCUGAGUAUGACCGGGCUGGCAUCGACAAAAAUGCAGAAACAAUUCAAGUGGAUAAAGUGGUCAUCCACCCUAAGUUCGUCCCGGCGACUCUACUCAACGACAUCUGCUUGCUCAAGUUGAAGAAGCCGAUUGAAUUUAACAUGCACGCCCAGCCAGUCUGCCUGCCCGAAAAGAACUCUCGAAUCGAUCAGGUGAAAUUGGGCGAAGGACCACUUUGCUAUGUCGCCGGUUGGGGACGGGUUGGAGAGACGGAAGGAACGGCUCGAAUCCUCCAAGAGACACAGGUACCAAUUAUCCCAAAUAAAGUCUGCGAUGCCGCCUAUGCCCGAAACAAAGUCCAUGAAGACGAAAUGAUGUGUGCCGGCUAUGCUGAAGGAGGAAUCGACGCCUGCCAGGGCGAUUCCGGCGGACCAAUGAUCUGCGUCGAAAACGACCAGCCAGUUCUUCGAGGAGUCGUUUCUUGGGGAAUCGGUUGUGCGCGUGUUGGACUCUAUGGCGUUUACACUAGAACUUCCUCAUACAUCGACUGGAUCCGAAAAACCGUCAAUCCAAACGACCAAACUUUCGCAGAACUCCAAAACAAUCCCCCAGCAACAGAAGCUCCACCAAAAUCUCCCAAGCCAACAAUUCCAUCUGGAACCAGCACCAUUCACCCCCGAUGCGGCGAUCCGACUAAGAAAGGCUUCAAAAUCGCGAAAAACGUCCUCGUCUCUUGCCACAGCAGCCAAUGUGAUUUCAAGUGCCCGGAUGGAAUGAGACCUUCUUUCGCCAAAGCUAUUUGCAAUUUGAAGAAAAGAAAAUUCGCGCCAAAGAAAGUCAAGAAAACGAUCCACUGUAUCGGAGAUGAACCAAGCGAGCCACCAGUUCAAAGCUCUUCCGGGGGCUUCAACUCGAAUCCUUCUCCUGAUGUUGCUGCAGAACUAAAUUCUGGAAAUGCGAUGACGCAAUGUGGAAACAUCGUCAAAAAAUUCCGACUUGAUACAUCAGCUCUGUCUGUCGACUGCAAAAAUGAUGUCUGCCAGCUUUCGUGCAUUGAUGAAAACAUGAGGCCCACUCUCGACAAGAUCUCCUGCAGGGUCCAAGGAAAGAAAAAGAAGACAAUGCCAAAGAAGGCAAAAGUCAAAUGCGUCGUGAAGCAAAAUUCCCAAGCGAUGCGACACGUUGGAUCAGAAGCUGAGGAGACAUGUGGAUAUAUGCCUAUUAGAACGUCCGAUCCAGUGGAUUAUUUUUGCGAGGGAAUGGAAUGCUACUUUUUCUGCCCAAACGACGAUCUCAAGCCAACUCAUGAUAAAAUCACCUGCAACCCGAAAAAGGGAAAAUGGUGGCCCAAGCGAUUCCACGUCUUCUGCCAAUAA